ACCACGCCCAUUCAGGAAACGCGAAGUGUCUCCAUUUGGUCGGGCAGGCGCCUUUUUAGACACGCGAGGAAAACUUUUAUUUUUUUUUCCUCGCUCCACGUCGAUGACAGAUUUUUAUUGAAACAACGAUGGGCUAAUAAAUCCUAGACGAACGUCUGGACGAUACUUCAGUUUGAUUUUCCUUCGUAUUUGUUCGAGAAUAGCGGCAUUCGCCGCAGGUACCGCUGUAAGAGUCUCCAAACGCGCCGCCCCAGAUAAGCAAGGAUCGCUCUUCUCUCACCCACUUUAAUUUCUCCUGAGUGUCCCAUUUCUUUCUACUUCAGAGUGGGUCGGCUGGCAAAGUCUUCGAGGUGGCCACCUUCAUAAGCAGACCCUCGCUGACAGUGGAUUACGAUGGACCCUCGUGUACUCCAUGAAGUGGAUGAGGAUUUAGGGUCAGAUGAGAUCUCUGCCCUCAAAUUCCUCUGCCUUGAUGUCAUUCCAAAAAAGAAGCUGGAGUCCAUAGAAGACGGCAAAGAUCUCUUUCUGAGACUGAAAGACAAAGGCUUUGAAGAUCAUCUUUUUGUAGUGGAGCUCCUGUACACAAUUCAGAGGUUUGAUCUCCUGAAGCACUUUAAUUUGACCAGGGAGCAAGUCGGCAAGCAGCUUCUGAUCCCAGGAAACGCAAAAAUAUCUGCCUUCAGGAAAAUGCUUUAUGAGCUUGCUGAAGAAAUGACCACAGACGAAGUGAAGCGCUUUUACUUCCUUCUGAGUCCCCAUUUUUCAAAGCAGAAGCUGGGCGAGCAGCCGACAAUGCUGAACAUGUUGGCGGAGAUGGAGACAAAGGAAUUGUUGGGAGAGGACAAUCUAACGUGCCUCGAAGAAACCUGCAAGCGCAUAAACGAGACUUUAGUAAAGAAAAUCAAGAAAUACAAAGUGGGCAGCCAAGGAUCUCCAACUGUGGGGACGUAUCCAUUUGAUGUGGGCCGAGGCUCCUAUCUGAGUUCUCCUACCAUCACAUCUGCAGUUCCAGUGAUGGGACCACAGCAGUCAACCCAGAAUGGUCAGCCUCUGCAGAGUCAGCAGUGGAGCUCAAUGAGGGACGCAUCCAACACCGAGCAAGACAUCUACAGGAUGGAGAGCAGACCCCGUGGGCUUUGUGUGAUCAUAAACAACAAGGACUUCAGCCAGGCCAGAAAAGACCCCUCAAAGAUGCUGAAAGACCGGAAGGGCUCUGACGUCGAUGCAGACUACUUGUCCAGGGUCUUCAAGAAUUUGUACUUUGAAGUGAUCCAGCUGAAUGACCUGACGGCAAGACAGAUCUCCGAUAACAUGGCCAAGUUUGGCGCAACCAAUCAUGGAGGCAAAGACUGCUUUGUGUGUUGCAUCCUUUCCCAUGGCCUGAAGGGCGCCAUCGAGGCAACAGAUGGACAAAAAGUUGCAAUUCAAGAGAUAACCAGCUACUUCACCAGUCGCAAGUGCCCGUCUCUCGCUGGGAAGCCAAAGGUGUUUUUUAUCCAAGCUUGCCAGGGGCAAAAGUUCCAGAAGUCAAUACCAAUACAGGCAGAUGGCCCAACUUCAGAAGAAGAAGAAGAACAGGAGGAGGAGAAGGAGGAGGAAGUGGCGGCUCAGCAACCUGAAAGUGACAUGGAGGUUGACGCUAGCUCAGUGCCAAUGGACGUCAUCCCGGACGACUCCGACUUCCUGCUGGGCAUGGCAACCGUAGAAGACUACUUGUCUUACAGGAGCGUCUCCCGGGGGUCCUUCUACAUACAGGCAUUGUGUAAGAAUCUGGAGUGGGGCUGUAAGAGGAAUGAAGACAUUCUGAGUAUCCUGACGCGUGUGAACCGAGAGGUGAGUAGGGAGGCCCAGCUGAGCGGAAGGCAGAUGCCAGAGCCGCGCUACACUCUCACCAAAAAGCUGCUGUUCCCCGUGGCCUGAACCUGCCAAUCACACGAGAGAAAUCCAAGGGAUCGGUCACAUGAUGAGCGUCAGCGGUGAAGCCGUGAGGGUCCCGGCUCACCGAUCAGGAGGAGGGACUCGGGGUCACCAUUAGACCUCCUGUGACGUGGGCUCCACUGCGCCCUCUUGUGUUAAUUAUUCUGUUUUUACUUGAAGGCCCGCCUGCCAUUGUUAGAUGUUCAUCGGGCCAGGGGUUUUCUGGGCUGCAUGGGUGUCCUUUAAGUGUUACUGAUCUGUUCUCACUUAUUCUGAUGUGUUGUGCCCGCUGCUGGCCACACAGAUCACCCUUCAUGUGUGGUGCUAAUGCAGUCAUAACCCAAGAUCUGUUGCCAGCUCACCACUAACAGCCUUUGAAAUUCAGUUUCUAAAUAAAAUUCUUUUGAAAAGCGG